AUGACGGUGGCGAGAAGAAGCAUCGAAGGGCAGGAACUGCUAUACCACUCUAUCAAAUACACGAAUAAUAUUUUCGUCCUCAGUGAGCUGAAAAUACAUCAAGGGUCCACUGCACUUACCCUAUCGCUCAAAUCGCGCCAUAUACAAGCUGUUGCGAACAUUAACGAGAUGUUCCAGCUCAUUCUGAGCAACUAA